AUGGCGAUGGCUAAAUGGCUGCUCGCGGCCGCCGCGCUGGCAUCGCCAGCUCUGUCUAUGACCCCAGAGCAAUUUAUUUCUUCUCCACGAAGAGGCGAGGCCAUUCCAGACCCGUCAGGAAAAGUCGCAUUUUUCCAUGUGUCUCAAUACUCCUUUGAGCAACAUGAGACCACGAAGAAUGAAUGGGACGUCAUCGACUUGGAGAGUAGCAAGAUCACCACGCUCACCGAUGAUGAGAACGUUUCAGAGAUUGUCUGGCUUGGUAGAGGCACAGAAAUCCUCUAUAUCAACAGCACCAGUUCCGAAACACCCGGAGGUUGUGAAAUCUGGGUUUCUGAUAUCAAGGACUUCUCCAAGGCCUACAAAGCUGCUGCUUUCCCUGGCCCACUCAGCGGUCUGAAGGCCGUUCUUACACGGAGCGGCGACGUUAAGUUCGUCACCUACGGCCAGUCUACCCCUGACGGUACUCUCUACAACCCCGAGACGGCGGAGAAACCCCUCUCUACUGCUCGUAUCUACGACAGCAUUUAUGUCCGCCACUGGGAUACUUGGUUGACAACUCAAUUCAACGCUGUUUUCUCCGGCACGCUAAGCAAAGGAGAUAGCCAGUACAGUCUUAACGGAAAUCUCAACAACCUUGUCGCCCCCAUCAGAAACGCCGAAUCUCCCUACCCACCAUUCGGCGGAUCUAAUCACUAUGAUAUCUCUCCAGACGGCCAAACUGUUGCUUUUAUGAGCAAGGCCCCCGAAUUGCCUAAGGCCAACUUAACCACUAGCUACAUCUUCGUUGGUCCCCAUGAUGGAUCUGCUGAAUUCACUCCAAUCAACGCACGAGAUGGCCCAGCGACCCCCGAGGGUGUUCGUGGUGCUUCCACCUCUCCAAAGUUCUCUCCCGAUAGUAAGAAGAUCGCUUAUGUGCAGAUGCAUGGCGAAAACUACGAAUCUGACCGCAAUAUUAUUUACGUUGCUACUCUUGGCUCAUCCCCAAGCAUUAGGGCUGUUGCGGAGGACUGGGAUAGAUCUCCCGACUCUAUCCAAUGGACUCGAAAUGGCAGAACUUUGUACUUUACCGCUGAGGACCGCGGCACCGUGAAACUUUUCUCUGUCUCUGCCACUGCAGGAAGACGCACAAGGCCACGAGCCAUGCGCAACGUCGGCUCUGUCAGUUCUUACAGCUUCCUUGGACGCUCUGACCGCGUGCUUGUCACUGGUACCUCUCUCUGGUCCAAUACUCUAUAUUACACGACUGGCCCACGUGGUGCUCCACGGAAGGUGUUCUAUGCAAAUGAACACGAUCCCGAAUUGAAGGGACUCGGCCCCGAGGACGUCGACGAAUUCUACUUCCAAGGAUUCAGACAAGAGGUCCAAGCCUGGAUUGUCAAGCCUGAGAACUUUGAUCCCAACAAGAAGUAUCCUUUGGCGUUCCUUAUCCACGGAGGUCCUCAGGGUGCCUGGGGUGACUCUUGGAGCUACCGAUGGAACCCCAAGGUCUGGGCUGAUCAAGGAUACGUUGCCGUUGCUCCAAACCCAACUGGCAGCACUGGCUGGGGUCAGGCCUUUACUGAUGCCAUUCAAAACGACUGGGGAAACGCUCCUUACAAGGAUCUCAUUAAAUGUUGGGAGCACAUUGAAAGCUCCAUUCCCUACAUUGAUACCGAAAACGGCGUUGCUGCAGGCGCCAGCUUCGGCGGAUUCAUGAUCAACUGGAUCCAAGGCAAUGACUUUGGAAGAAAAUUCAAGGCCUUGGUCUCCCAUGACGGAACCUUUGUUGCUCCUGCUAAGAUCGCCACUGAGGAGCUUUGGUUUAUGGAGCACGACUUCAACGGCACCUUCUGGGAUGCCCGUGACAACUUUGAGCGCUUCGACCCCUCUGCUCCAGAGAACAUUCUUCGCUUCGCUACUCCCCAACUCGUUAUCCACAACGAUCUCGACUUCCGUCUCUCUGUCUCUGACGGCGUCAGUCUUUUCAACAUCCUUCAGGAGCGUGGCGUUCCCAGCCGCUUACUCAACUUCCCGGAUGAGAACCACUGGGUCCUUGGAAGAGAGAACUCCCUCGUCUGGCACCAGCAGGUCCUCGGAUGGGUCAACAAAUACUCCGGCAUUGGGGAGAGUAAUCCUAAUGCUGUCAAGCUGAGCGACACUACGGUCCCGGUCGUCAAUAUCAACCCGUAA